AAUUGCACAGAAUAUCAUUAAAUCUCAUUUGGAGACCUGUCAAUAUACAAUGGAGGAACUACACCAGCUAGCGUGGCAGACCCACACAUAUGAAGAAAUCAAGGUCUACCAGAGCAAGACCAGAGAAGCUCUGUGGCAGCAGUGUGCCAUUCAGAUCACCCAUGCCAUCCAGUACGUGGUGGAGUUUGCGAAGCGCAUAACAGGCUUCAUGGAGCUCUGCCAGAAUGACCAAAUUCUCCUCCUUAAGUCAGGCUGCCUGGAAGUGGUUUUGGUGAGAAUGUGCCGUGCCUUCAACCCACUCAACAAUACUGUUCUGUUUGAAGGAAAGUAUGGAGGGAUGCAAAUGUUUAAAGCCUUGGGUUCCGAUGAUCUGGUGAACGAAGCGUUUGACUUUGCAAAGAAUUUAUGUUCCUUACAGCUGACUGAGGAGGAGAUUGCCUUGUUUUCAUCUGCUGUUCUGAUAUCACCAGAUCGAGCCUGGUUAAUAGAGCCAAGGAAGGUCCAGAAGCUUCAGGAAAAGAUUUACUUUGCACUUCAACAUGUGAUCCAGAAGAACCACCUCGACGAUGAGACUUUGACAAAGUUAAUAGCCAAGAUACCAACCAUUACUGCACUUUGCAACUUGCACGGAGAGAAACUACAGGUAUUUAAGCAAUCUCAUCCAGAUAUAGUGAACACACUGUUUCCUCCAUUAUACAAGGAGCUUUUCAAUCCAGACUCAACCACUGGCUGCAAGUGAAGGGGAUAAUAGAAUUUUCACGUAGUCAUGGAAUGCGUCACUAUUAAGACAAAAAGAAAUGUUUUCAUGAAGAACUUGUUAAAAAUGUCACUACUGCAACACUAGGAAUGUCCUGCACUUAAUAGAAUUAUUUUUCACCGCUACAGUUUGAAGAAUGUAAAUAUGCAACUCUGAGUGGGGAUGUCUUUUUUCUCUUUUCUUCGUUUACUUUUUUUUUAACUGAAAAUGAUUAUACAAAUAUAGGACACUGGGUGUUACUUUUUUUUUUUUAUUUUAUUUUAUUGGGGAAUGUUUUGGGAGACAACUGUU